AACUUUGUUGCUGUUUUGUUUUUGUUGUUUUCAGCUUUGUCAAUAAAGACGAGGCUAAACGUACAGAUGUGUUUGCAAAUAGUUUGUGUAUUUAUGUUGAAAAUCGUAAGAAAAUAAAAUUUUGCAGGUUUUUUUACGUGUGUGAUUAGGGAUACAUGAAACACCUAUUACUCGUAUAUAUACUGUCUAUUUUUCUUAAACUCAAAUAAAAUUAUGCAAAAGUAUACAUUAUACAAAGAAACUAGAUAAAUUUUAUAUCAAAUAGUGUUAUAUUCGGCAUAAAGGCAUGAUGCAAAAUAUAACAAAUUAUCCAACACCUUUUCCAAGUUGCUGACUCCUAAAAGAUACAGGCAUUUACAACUUGUCUAUUAAUAACAGUGUCUUCGUUUUGCUUUUAUUAUAUUUCUCUAAUAAUGAACCUCGAUAAUAGUAGUUACAAUAACAUAAAUGACAAAGACAUUAUACAUUAAAAGAUAACAAUUGUAACAUAAAGUUGACAAUACUAAACAUACACAGAAAAUCUCUCAGCUGACAAGUCGCCUCAUUUUAUUUGAUUCGAGGCAAUCAACAUCUACUUUUAUUAAUUUUUUUUUUGUAUUUCUUGAUCCUCUAACACAAAGUAUUGCUGAACGCGGUAAUCACAAUGAUAGUUUUGUUCGAAAAUUUUAGUAGCUAUACUUUGUUCCAGGUUUUUUGUAUUAUAUUUUAUUAUAUUAUAUUAUAUUAUAUUAUAUUAUUAUAUUACAUAAUAAUACGAAGUGUAUGUGACGGUGGAUGUGUUCAUUUUCUUUUGAAGUCGCCAAAAUUUUCUUUUAAAGUUGCCCAAAAAAGUUUGUCUUAAAUGUUAAAUUUUAUGACGUUACGGCGCGACGUAGCGUCAUAAAAUUUGAAAUUUUCGAUAACACUACUUUAACGUCAAUAUCCUAUAUUAAAUUAAUGAGCCCAUUACAGUGCUCUUAAAACUUUGAGUCCAAAUAACCUGGAAACCAGGUGGUGACGUCAAUGAUUUUUCAUCGCGUGGGUAUCUAGGGACCAUCUGGGACCAAAUUGGGUAAGUUUCCCAAACGUGGAUCCCCGAGUCUGUUUCAGAAUAGACGGGUUGAAGACGUCAUCAAAAAUCUUCAUAGCCUAAUAUCUCUGUAACCGUUUGUCAAAAGUACACGAUCCUAUACAUUUUCUUGAUCACCGUUUCAGGAUCUAUACGAUGGAGGCAACAGGUGUACAAAUUUCUAAAAAAGCAUUUUGGGGUCUGACGGGCCAUUGCUGACGUUAGCAAAAAUUUUAAAGCCUUCAUUAACCGCUCAUCAAAAGCACUUGAUAAUAUACAUUUUCUUGAUCAGCAGUUUAAGCACUACACAAUAGAGGCAACGUGAAAACAAGGUUCUAAUUUUUUUUUGUAGAUGGGUUGGUGGCGUUAUCAAAAUUUUUAUCCUGCCCCAGUGGAUUUUUCCGUGGGCUUUAUUAACUAUAUUUUAAUACAAAUAUGUGACAGGCAUAGUCGAGGUAUUCAUUUAUUUUCAAAGUCCCAAAAAAUGCAUAUUUCAAAUCCUUAUCGGCAAAUUAAACGUCACAACCUCAAUAACAUUUAUUUAAUGUCAAUAGUUCAAUUUGAAUUAACGAAAUCAUUACAAUGCACUUAAAAUGCACAAAACACUUGAAAACAGGUGGAAAUAACUGACGUCAUCUCCUGCGUGGGUUAAUACGGACUGCCAAGAACCAAAAUGGAACCAGUUCCUUAAAGCUUCAUCAACCCAACUGUUGCUAAAUAAACAGGCUGGUCGGCAACCAUUCGUCAAAAGUACGUUAUGGUAUACAUUUUUUUGAUCAGUGUUUCAAGCUCUACACAAUAUGGGCAAGGUUUCCGAAUUUUUAAACAAAUGCUUUUUGUUUAUUGGUGUGUUUUUGCUGACGUGUGCAAAAAAUAUAAACCCUUAUAUCUCCUUAAUCGUUUGUCGAUUCUAUACUUUAGGGGAAUUAAUUUUCGCGGGUAUUAAAUUUCGCGGAUUUGACGGUUUUUGGUGAAAAUCCAAAUGUGCCUCAUCCGCGAAAUCAAAUUCCCGCGAAAUUUCGAAAACACGUUCAGUAAAUGAACCUACACUGCAAUUAUGAAGUAUGUUUUGUGAUUCCAUGUGAAUUUUGAAAUUGAAAUACACUCGGAACUUUAUCGUAUAUAUGUUAAAGUAUAAAAUUUGUGUUUUGAGACUAAAAUUGGUGAUUUGAGACUAAAAUUUGUAAGGUUGAUACAAUGAAAACACUACUUUUAGUUUCACAAUGUUUAAUCAAUAACAAUGGCGGUUUCUUCAUUUUCAUUUCGUAUAUUGCUUCUAUUUAAAAGGGUUCUAAUAUCUUUACAUCGUGGAGCUGGUUUUUCCUUGAGUUGUGUUUUCUUUUUGCUUUUUUUGGUGGUACAGCUAUAGCAGCCUCAACAACAUCAGCUCCCUCCAAAAAACUCCCGAUUAUAACUUCAUUCUUCGGCUCGCAAUAAGGUCUAGUGACGAUUUCUUUGUAUCGAUCCAUUACCAUAUGGUUCCUCACAGUGCCUGGCAUAGACACAGUCACCAUGCAAGGAAUUUUAAGUCCUCCUUUGAAUAAAGGCGAUUUUCUAUAAUGCGUCGCAAUCAGUUUUGCAUUAAUGGUUCCACCUCUAUCGAGUAAGAAUUUUGUAGCACGUGAGAACUCUCUAGGUAAGUGUUUAACUAUUUUCCUUAAAUUAUCAAUCUGGCAUGUUUUAAUACUAAAAGGAUCAUACUCAUUUCCAGUUUCAUGCAAGCAAAUCAAAGUUUCGUUCUCAGUUGGUUUCCACGUUUUUUGAAAUACAUGAAAGCCACAAACCGCUGCUGUAAAUUGUUAGGUUCUGUUUGCGUUCAUACACUUGAUUACAGUUUAUCAUCUUGAAUCUCUGGCUUUGCAAAUCUUUAAUAUUGAAUGGUUGUUGUAUUAGAAAAAAGUUUCUCUGUAAGAAGAUUGAACAUUUGAAUGGAAUCGAACAAGAAUAUAAACACGUUCGAAAAACACGUUCGAAAAUCAUUGAAGAAAAAAUCGUCCAUUCAUUAUGAAUCUUUUUUAUUUUUUUAAUGCAUGCUUUGAAGAUGGCGUCACGUCAAGAUACAUCGAUGGGUAAGCUGGAUUUUUGCGCAGUUCAAAAACAAGUCCAGGACGCGUCUUCAGGUAAAAGAAAACAGUACGUGAAAUAUUCGAAUGUUGAUCGUUUUGACAUUGGAAAAUAUGCAAACGAAAACGGUCCUGCGGCAGCUGUACGCAAAUUUUCAAGCAGAUUUACUGCACUGAAUGAAAGUACCAUUAGAACAUUUCGCAAAAAAUACAGAGAAGAAGUAAAAAAAGCUAAUAUGGAAUCCAGGGCUGUUUUAAACAAAUUAUCAAUGGAGCGAAGAGGCAGACCUUUAAUGUCGGGUGAUGUUCUUGAUAAGAAGAUUCAAGAUUAUAUUAAGGCCCAAAGGUCACGUGGUGGUGUUAUUUCAAAAGCUGUAGCUGUUGCAACUGCCCAGGCUUUGAUAAAACGCCACCCAGAACUCAACCUUAAUCACAUUAAUAUUGAAGAAUCGUCAUGUGCGAAAAGCCUUUUCAAGCGUAUGGGGCUUCGAAGGCGUCUAGCAACGACCGGCAAAGUGUCAAUAUCGGAGAAGUUGAAAAAGGGAAUACAGGAAUCAUACUUGUACUCUAUUGUCAAAAAAAUCGAAAAAAACCAAAUUCCUCCGUCUCUCGUGAUUAAUUUGGACCAAACUCCAACUAAGUUUGUACCUGGAUGUAACAAGACCAUGGCAGAAAAAGGCAGUAAGACCGUGUCAAUCGCUGGCUUAACAGACAAAAGAAUGAUAACUACUACAUUUGCAAUUACUUUGAGUGGUGCUUAUUUAUGGUGGAAAAACUUCAAAAAGUAUUCCUGCUGUAGCUUUCGUGCAAACGAGAAACAUUACAGUAAUGAGAAAGAAUCGUUGAAUAUGCUAAAGAAAAUUAUCAUCCCUUUUGUUGAAAAAGAACGACGUUCCCUUGAUCUCCAUAUUUGCUAUCAUGUCCUUUUAAUAAUGGAUGUUUUUAAGGGACAAAUGACAGAAUUAGUGCAGGACGUCUUGAGAGAACGACGGAAAUGAAUUAAACAACAUAAAUGUCAGUAUGAAACUUUCUGUCAUUAAACCACUGCACGCUAAGUGGAUUAUAGAAGUAUAUGAUCACAUGACUUCAACUGCUGGAAACCCUGUAUGUUUAAAAGCCUGGGAAGUUACUUGAAUGUCAGCUGCUGUAAGGAAAGGGCUAGGAGAGUUGGCCAACAUCGAUCCUUUUAAUGAUAUUGAUCCCCUCCUAGCGUGUGACUCAUUCGAAAAUGAAGAUCGUUAGGAAAAUAGUCUUGAAAGAGACAUGUACACACAUGAAAACAAUCCGGAUAGUGAUUCUAAUUAUGAGGAUGACGUUGGGAAUAUAUUUUCUAUUUUAGAGGAUGAUAUGGCGGAUAGUUAAAGAAAAGAUAUAUUAAGAGUUACUAAAAUUCGUAUUUCUUACUUUUAAAAUUUUACGAAAUUUGGAUCCGCAAAAUUAAAUUCCCGUUUUUAGGGCCUUUCCGCAACAGUUUCUUCCGCGAAAUUUUCUAAAACGUGUUUUCCGCCAAAGUUUUUCCCGCGAAUUUUUCUAAAAUGUGUUGUCCGCCAAAGUUUUUUCCCGCGAAUUUUUCAAAACGUGUUGUCCGCGAAAGUUUUUUCCUGCGAAUUUUUUGUAAAUUUAGUUCCCAGUGAAGGCUUUUUAUGUUAAUUGUAUUUAACUACUCAGUAAAAGCAAAAAACAAGUAUCGUUGCCUUUUUUUUUAAUCAGCUGAGUUUAUAGAAAUGACGUUGAGAAGAAAGGCUUAUAAACUAUAACAAAGGUGAUACAGAAUCAGAACUAUAAUUUUUUGUAAUUUUUGUCAACGAGAAGAUUGCGAAGACAUUAUAAUCAUGAUUAGUAUUUAUUUUUUUAUUUUUUAUUUUUUUUUUGAUGAAAUAAUAACUUUCAUAUACUUUGUUUAUACUUCAUUAUCAUCGGUCUGCGAAGUUUUUUUCCCGUAAAAACUUUCCAAAUUGCUCGUCCUCGAAAGUCUUUUCCCGCGAAAUGCAAAAUUUUCGCGUUUUUUCCGAACCGUGAAACUUUUUUCCAGCUAAAGUUUCUUCCUUUAAAGUACACUUUAUCCGCGAAAUUAAAUUCCCGCGAAAUUUCCAAAUCAUGUUGAUCCGCGAAAAUUAAUUCCCUUAAGGUACAAUACUUGAACAGAAGUUUAAGCUCUAUCCAAUGGAGGUAAUUGAUAACAAAAUCUCCAAAAAAAUUUCAAAUAUGCAUUGGUGACGUCGUCAAAAUUUCUAUGACGUAUUAAAAAUUCUAUAACUUCUUUUGAUUGCCACUUUUUAUUGUUAAAAGCACAUCAUGUACAAUUUCUUGGUUAGCGUUUCAAGUUCUACACAAUAGAGGCAACAGGUUUGUACCGAGGGCUACUGCCGACAUCAUUAAAAUUCAUUUGAUACAUUUUUUCCAUUGUCCUUUUGCCUUAGUCGAUUUUUCCACGGGCCUUAUCGACUAGUUGAUAUCUAAAACUUGCUUUUCGUGCUUCUCUGUUUUAAAUUUUCACUUUCACUCCGUGUUAAAUCUUAAAUUCAUUGUUAAGAAAAUAUCAGACAACUUUUGAAUAAAUACUUCUACCUCUUAGCCUAACAUGUAGUGCAUCAAGCAAAAAUCGUUUUUGAGAUAAAUUUUGUUAAAACUAAGAAAGAAAGUUAUAUUUUUUAUUUAAGUUAAAUAUUCUAUGAAUUAUAAAAUUUUAAAUGUUAAAAAAAUCAAAAAUUGACAAAAAUAAUCUGGGUGUUUCAUGUAUCCCUAAAACCUGGAAACAGUACGCCCAAUUCUCUUUCAGGUAAGUGUGGAGUCGUGUGUGUGCAAUUGCUUGCGCUAGGAUGACUGGUUUUUAUUGUUCAUAUAAUUUACUGUUUAUAUAUUCUAAAUAAUA